GACGUGCGACCCCUGCGGGGGCUGCUGCCUUCAGACCAUGAAGAAGGAGGUGUGCUCCGCGGCCUUUCUCAAGGCAGUGUUCGCAGAGUUCCUGGCCACCCUCAUCCUCGUCUUCUUCGGCCUCGGCUCGGCCCUCAAGUGGCCGUCGGCGCUGCCCACCAUCCUGCAGAUCUCGCUGGCCUUCGGCCUGGCCAUAGGCACGAUGGCCCAGGCCCUGGGGCCCGUGAGCGGUGGCCACAUGAACCCCGCCAUCACGCUGGCCCUCCUAGUGGGCAACCAGAUCUCCCUGCUCCGGGCAGCCUUCUACAUGGUGGCCCAGCUGGUGGGCGCCAUUGCCGGGGCUGGCAUCCUCUAUGGGGUGGCACCACGCGAUGCCCGAGGCAAUCUGGCCGUCAACGCGCUCAACAACAACACAACUCCGGGCCAGGCCGUCGUGGUGGAAAUGAUUCUGACCUUCCAGCUGGCGCUCUGUAUCUUCUCCUCCACCGACUGCCGCCGCAUCAGCCCUGUGGGCUCCCCAGCCCUGUCUAUUGGCUUGUCCGUCACACUGGGCCACCUAGUGGGGAUCUACUUCACCGGCUGCUCCAUGAACCCGGCCCGCUCUCUCGGCCCCGCAGUGAUCAUGAAGCAGUUCAGCCCCUCGCACUGGGUGUUCUGGGUGGGGCCCAUCAUGGGGGCUGCUUUGGCUGCUAUCCUCUACUUCUACCUGUUCUCCCCCAACUCCCUGAGGCUAAGUGAGCGUGUGGCCAUCAUCAAGGGCGUGUCUGAGCCCGAGGAGGACGGAGAGGAACGGAGGAAGACCAUGGAGCUGACUGCCCAGUGACCAGCAUCACGCAGGGGCCAGCCUCUCAGCCCCUGAACCGCAGGGGGAAAGAAGAGAAAUACAUGAUGGCAAAGCUGCCUUCCCCCGCAGCUGGGGAGGAGGUGCUGACUCCCCAGGCUGAACGGUUAGAGUUGGAGCAGGAACACAGGAUGGGG